CUCACGCCGCCCGUUCAACGCGCCCUGCUUGUGAAAGACGAUGGCCGAGCAGGAAAGCUCGGAGUACGGCAAAGCCGACUUUGUCCUGUUGGACUGUCUCACCGCCGAGGAGUUCCUGGCCAAUCUGAGAGUCAGGUUUGAGAAGAACAGAAUCUACACGUACAUUGGAGAGGUGGUCGUCUCUGUGAACCCGUACCAGCAGAUCGAUCUGUACGGGAGAGAUAUGAUCGAACACUACAAGGGCAGGGAGCUCUACGAAAGACCACCACACCUGUACGCCAUUGCAGACGCAGCUUACAAAGCUAUGAAGAGGAGAGCAAAGGACACCUGCAUUGUCAUCUCAGGAGAGAGUGGUUCGGGCAAGACGGAGGCGAGCAAAUACAUCAUGCAGUACAUCGCGGCGAUCACCAACCCUGGUCAGAGGGUGGAGGUCGAGAGUGUGAAGAACACUUUACUGAAGUCAAACUGCAUCCUCGAAGCUUUCGGGAACGCAAAGACCAACCGAAACGAUAACUCCAGCCGCUUCGGCAAGUACAUGGACAUCAACUUUGACUUCAAAGGAGACCCUACUGGUGGGCACAUCAACAACUACUUACUUGAGAAGUCAAGAGUUAUUGUGCAACAAGCAGGAGAAAGGAAUUUCCAUUCAUUUUACCAGCUUCUCCAGGGAGGCUCCGAUGACAUGUUGCAGGGCCUGUACCUACAGAGAGAUGCCUCGGAAUAUGUGUUCACCAAAGACGGGGUGACUGCCGCUACGGGGACUAAUGAUAAAGGGAACUUCAAGAUAGUGAUGAAUGCAAUGCAGGUACUUGGAUUCAGUGAAGAAGAAAUCACUGCCAUCUAUAAAGUCUUGGCCACCAUUCUGCACCUGGGGAACCUGACCUUUGACACGGAGGGUGACACGGCCCUGGUCAGUAAUGGCCGGCUGCUGUCCCAGAUAGCGGCGGUCAUCAUGACGGAGACGGACUCGGUGAGGAAGACCCUCCUCCACCGCACCGUGGCCACGGGCGGCGGCGACGUGAUCGAGAAGGCCCACACGCACCGGGAGGCACUGUACGGGCGGGACGCCUUCGCCAAGGCAAUUUACGAGCGUCUGUUUUGCUGGAUUGUGGAGCGCAUCAACACGGUCAUAGCGGUGAAGGGAUACGACCCCCGGGUCCAUGGCAAGAAUACCGUCAUUGGAGUGCUGGACAUCUACGGCUUUGAGAUCUUCGACAGCAACAGUUUCGAGCAAUUCUGUAUCAAUUAUUGCAACGAGAAACUGCAGCAACUGUUCAUUGAGCUGAUACUGAGGCAGGAGCAAGCGGAAUACCAGAGAGAGGGGAUCGAGUGGCAACAUGUGGACUACUUCAACAACCAGAUCAUCGUGGACCUGGUGGAGCAGCCACACAAGGGCAUCAUCUCCAUCCUGGACGAGGCUUGCAUGACGGUGGGCAAGGUGACCGACACCAUGCUGGUUGACACCAUGGAUGCCAAGCUGGGCAAGCACGCCCACUACACCAGCAGGAAGCUCGCCCCAACUGAAAAGGAUAUGGAGUUCAACAAACACUUCAGAAUAAAGCACUACGCCGGACAAGUCACGUACGCUGUGGAUGGUUUCAUUGACAAGAACAAGGAUAAUCUAUAUCAGGACUUCAAACGCCUCAUGUACAACAGUGUCAACCCCGUGCUGAAGGACAUGUGGCCGGAGGGGGAAAUCAGUAUCACCCAGGUCACCAAACGACCCCUGACAGCAGCCACCCUCUUCAGAAGCUCCAUGAUUGCCCUGGUGGUUAACUUGGAAUGCAAGGAACCUUACUACGUGCGAUGCAUCAAACCGAAUGACCAAAAAUCCCCGGUGCUGUUCAACUACGAACGCUGCAGGCACCAGGUGGAGUAUCUGGGCCUGUUGGAAAACGUGCGUGUGAGACGGGCUGGAUUUGCCUAUCGGCAACCGUACGAUCGCUUCUUAUUGAGGUAUAAGAUGACGUGUGAGUACACCUGGCCGAAUCAUCUCAUGUCCACCGAUGCGGAGGCAGUCCGAGCCAUUAUAGACCAACAUGGCUUCCAGCAGGAUGUGGCGUACGGGAAGACCAAGCUAUUCAUCCGAACGCCGCAGACUUUAUUUGAACUGGAGACGGAGCGAGCAGAGAAAUUUCCUUUCAUCGUACUGUUUCUGCAAAAGAUUUGGCGAGGAACACUGGCAAGGAAGCGUUGUCGGGGCAUGAGAGCUGUCUACACCAUCAUGACUCACUACAAGACCUACAAAGUCAAGGCCUAUCUCACGGAGAUAAUGAGGCGUUUCCAGAACGUACGGAGCAUGAGCGACUACGGGAAGAGCGUGGUUUGGCCAACGCCGCCCACAGUCUUGGUCCCCUUUGACGAGAACAUGAAGUACCUCUUCAGAAGGUGGAGGGCGCGGCAGAUCGUGAAGAACAUCGCACCGUCCGAUAUGCCGCAGAUCAAGGCCAAGAUCGCAGGCAUGGACUCGUUCCUGGGCCGGAGGCAAGACUGGGGCGUGCAGCGAAGCUGGGAGCGAGACUACCUCUCGUCUGCUAAGGACAACCCGGAGAUGAUGUCCCAGUACGUCACGGCUGUGAACAGGCUCAAAUGCAAGGAAAGGUUCAACAGUGUACUCUUCUCCGCGCAUGUGAGAAAGAUAAAUAGGUUCAACAAGUGUGAAGAUCGUGCCAUCCUGAUAACUGACCUGUACCUGUACAAACUGGAGCCCGCAAAAUGCUACAAGAACAUGAAAACACUGCCUCUCACACAGGUGACGGGACUGAGUGUCACCAGCGGCAAGGACCAACUGAUCAUCUUCCACACCAAGGCCAACGAUGACCUGGUUGUCUGUCUCCAGGGGAACGCUAACAGGAUCGGAGAGGUUGUUGGAGUCCUGGCAAACCACUUCACCAACCACAACUUACCACUGUUGGUCAAGGUGUGCAACCCGGUGCAGUGCCAGAUGCGCGGCAGACAGCGCACGGUGCUCGUGGAGAAGAGGAUCGAGCAAACAGACCCAGACUUCAAGAAAAACCGCACGGGCUUCACGUUGUACUGGUCGGGAAUCUGACACGGGAGUCGCAGAUUCACCAACCGGGAGCCCUCUCGAUGCAAGCACAGUUCUUUUUAUUUGUAAAGAUUUUAAUAAAACAAAUCCUAUUUU